GUUUGAGUUGCUAUGCGUGGUAGAGGACUAUAAAGACUGCACGGUGUAGCUUACACUAGCGAUUAAUACCAAGAAGUAACAUCGUAGCGCUGCAUAGGCUACAUAGCUAACUGAAUAGCCUACCGGGUCAUAUUUUAAAACGAUUACAAUUCCUCGUGGUUUGUCGUAAAAUAUUGCCAGUCGACGUGAACAACAUCAUUGUGAUCAUGGCAGCAUCGUCGUAGGUUGGACGAUAAAUGUUUGUUAUUUUUUCUUCCAUUCACACACUCCGUUGUUUAUUCUCGGCAGACUUUAAAGGCUUUUCACUUUGUAAGAAACAGCCGAUAAACCCCAACACUUGACGCCAAACGAGUGUUUGCAAAACAGACGUUCACCCCUGCGUUUACCGAAUCAUAUAUCCGACAGGAAAAGAGGGAAAGUUGGGGACAGGAUGCUCAGUCUGGUGCGGGUCCCAGUGGCGGUGAGCUCCCUAGGGCUACUGCGGCUACUGGGCGCCCCAUGGUCCUGGAGCCUGGCCGCGGGGCUGGGGGUUUACCUGAGCACUGGGGGCUGGAAGUUCCUCUAUGUGGUCCUCCGGACGGCUAAAAGGGACCUGAUUGGCCUGUACGUGCUCUUGCGCGUGAAGUUCGCCAUCCGCCGGCACAUGCGCCUGGGCAGCACCAUCCCCUCCAUCUUCGCGGCCACUGCGGCGCGCCACCCCGACAAGCCGGCGCUGGUGUGCGAGAGCACGGGCGAGGUGUGGACGUUCGCGCAGCUGGCCCGCCGCUCGGACGCGGUGGCUCAGUGGGCGCUGACGCGGGGCUGGGUGGCCGGCGACGUGGUGGCGGUGUACGCCGAGAGCCGUCCCGAGCUGGUGGCGCUGUGGCUGGGCCUGGCCAAGGUGAGCGUGGAGGCGGCGCUGCUCAACUUCAACCUGCGCCAACACGCCCUGCUGCACUGCAUCGGGGCGUCCGGAGCCAGAGCGCUCGUGUUCGGGGCAGAGCUGGCCGAUGCUGUGCAGGAGGUGACAUCUGCGCUGGGUCCAUCCAUGCAGCUCUUCUGCACGGGCGUCCUGAGGCCUGAGCUCCUGCAGUCCCUCUCCGCCCUCAACCUGGACCUGAUCUUGGCCUCCACUCCACAGACGCCGCCGCCACCGCAAAAACUCAACAAGGGCUUCAACGACAGGCUCUUCUAUAUCUAUACCUCGGGGACCACUGGGCUACCUAAAGCUGCUAUCGUAGUACACAGCAGGUAUUUCCGCAUCGCUGCGUUCGGGUACUACUCUUUCGGCAUGCGGCCAGAUGACAUCAUCUACAACUGCCUGCCCCUCUACCACUCAGCAGGUAACAUCAUGGGGGUGGGGCAGUGUCUGUUGUACGGACUCACAGUUGUGAUAAAGAGGAAGUUCUCCGCCAGCCGGUUCUGGGACGACUGCAUCAAAUACAACUGCACAGUGGUGCAGUACAUCGGCGAGAUCUGCCGUUACCUGCUCUCCCAGCCGGUGCGUCCGUCAGAGUCGUCCCACCGUGUGCGUCUGGCCGUGGGCAACGGCCUGCGGCCCAGCGUUUGGGAGGCCUUCACCCAGCGCUUCCGGGUCAAGCAGGUCGGAGAGUUCUAUGGCGCCACUGAAUGCAACUGCAGCAUCGCCAACAUGGAUGGCAAGGUGGGGGCGUGUGGCUUCAACAGCAGGAUCCUGCCCAGCGUGUACCCCAUCCAGCUGGUGAGGGUGAAUGAGGAGAACAUGGAGCUGGUGCGGGACAGCAGGGGACUGUGCUUUCCCUGCAAAACAGGGGAGCCUGGACUGCUUGUGGGGAAAAUCAAUCAGCAAGACCCUCUGCGUCGCUUCGACGGCUACGCCAACCAGGACGCCACCAGCAAGAAAAUUGCCCACAAUGUCUUCAAAAAGGGAGACACGGCGUACCUGUCAGGUGACGUGCUGGUGAUGGAUGACCUGGGCUACAUGUACUUCCGGGACCGUAGUGGAGACACGUUCCGCUGGAAGGGGGAGAACGUCUCCACCACAGAGGUAGAGGGCACCCUGAGUGGCCUGCUGGGCCAGACGGACGUGGCGGUGUACGGGGUACCUGUGCCAGGUGCGGAGGGUAAGGCAGGCAUGGCGACUAUCGCUGAGGCCACGGGUGGCUUUGACUGUGAGGCAUUCCUGAGGGAGGUCCAAGCUGCGCUUCCUCCCUAUGCCAGACCCGUCUUCCUGCGUCUCUCGGCACAGGUCGACACCACAGGAACCUUUAAAAUCCAGAAGACGAGGCUUCAGAAGGAAGGAUUUGACCCGCGUCACUCUACCGACCGGAUCUACUUUCUGAACAGUCGGGUGGGGCGUUAUGAGGCUGUGACUGAGGACCUAUAUAGCGCCAUCACAGAAGGAAGAGUGUGUCUAUGAGGCUUUGGAAAAACCCCAUAGAGCUACUGUUGCAUAGAAUACUAGAUUAUUAGAUAGAUAUUGGUGUUGACAGACACGCAGACUCUAAUGUACGCACACAGACUGACCGAUAAGUCAGCACACUUUUAGUAAGGGAUGGAUGUUUUAAUGGAUGAAUGUAUAUAUUGAUGGAUGGAUGGAUCCAUCGAUCAAUGUAUAGAUAGAUGGAUAGAUAAAAAGAAUGGAUGGAUGAACGGAGAGUUGGGUGGAUGGAUAUUCAUGAGUAGAUGAGUGAAAGGAAGGAUGGAUGGAGGGAUGGAUGGACGGACGGAUGGAAGGAUAGACGGAUGGAAGGAUGGAUGGACGGACCGAUGGAUGGAUGGAUAGACUGCAAGACGGACAAAGACAUAAGCUGAUGCACAGACUAACAGAAGUUACUGACUAACUGAGGUACUACGUAUGAAUGGAUGGAUGGAUGACUAGCCGUGUAAAUAGUUAAGAGAACCGGUAGAUUGAUAGGUGCACAUGCAAACCCACAGUUCAGGAUGGCUUGACUGACAAAAACCUAAUCACAAUAAUACAGACGGAUUAACAGAUAAAACCGACAUGAUGACUGACUAGAAUACCCGGAUGAACCAUAUCAGUUGUACGGACUGGCAGGUAAACUUUGAAACACACACACACACAGAUAAAAAAAUUGUUUGUGUGACAGGGCUAUUUUUGCUAUCUAGAGAUUUCUGUGUGAUUGAUUAUAUGUGUGUAGUGAAGAGAUAUCCGGGGGGGGGGAGGGAGAUGUCUCCAGCAUAUUCUGCCCCCUCCCCCCCUAGGUCUCUGGGAAUCCAUACUGUGAAGACAUUUUCU